UCUAGAGUUACUGCCGGUCCCAAGUCCGGGCAAAGAAGAAGGGUCUGGCAUGGAGUUAGCGACCACAUCCCGUAGAAAACUAACUCACUAAAUAAACACCAACCAGAAAAAUUAAUUCAAACCAUUUAAAUUCUGCCCUGGGAGUUAGAAGAGCUUCAUUUAGAAGAGUUAUGACGCCUCAUGGUGAGAGCCCUGUUCCUUCGGAAGCCACGAGGCCGAUGCCCCUUCUAACAACCAGAGCAGCAAUUUUUAUAGGUACAUGGAACGUCCGGAAAAUGUGAAAAACCGGGAGUACCAGACAUAUAGCAACGGAAAUGAGAAGAUACAACUUGGAAGUACUCGGAAUCAACGAAUCUCAUCGGAUCCAAGCUGCACAGAAAAGGCUAGAUACGGGGGAGAUGCUGCUAUACUCCGGUAACAAAGAGGAAAAUGCUCCACACACUCAGGGAGUUGCUCUAAUGCUGUCCAAGCAAGCACGAAAUGCACUUGUAGGAUGGGAAUCUCACGGAUCCAGAAUCACCAAAGCAUCAUUCAAAACAAAAAAGGAGGGAAUUACAAUGAAUGUUAUCCAAUGUUAUGCAUCCACCAAUGAUAGCAAUGACGACGAUAAAGAAAAGUUCUAAGAUUGCCUGCAAUCAAUCAUCGCGAAGUGCUCAAGAAAGGACCUCACUAUUCUGAUAGAUCUAAACGCCAAAGUCGGAAUGGACAACACUGGAUAUGAAGAU